CGGGAGAGGGGAAGAGCACAGGCAGCUCUGGCCAGAGACAGACAGACGGACAGAAGGGGAGGAGGAGGUGCAGGUGGCAGUUGCAGGACAGAGAUCGGCAGGAGAAGGAGGCUUCAGCUUGGGACCACUUGGACCCCUUGCCCUGUCUGAGACCCCAGCGACCAGCAUGAAGUUGCUGGGGAUGAGAGAGCCCUGCUGAGCUGCGGAGAGGGGACAGCACAGGCAGCAUAGGAACGGGCUGCCUCCUCCUCUUGUCGCUGCCCAGAUCCGCGGUCGGUCAGUCACGGUGUGGUUCGGUGAGGCUCCGCCGCGAGGGACAAGCCAGGGUCCUCCUGGAGUCCAGAGCUACCAAGUGGAGCCCCCAGCCCAGAGACCCCACUCCCGGCGUUGGAGGUACCCCAGGUGCAGGACUCGGCAGCUGCCUGGAGCCCAGCCUUCAGGACGAUGCCAGCCCAGCGGCCCCUGACAGUCAAGCUGGUCCUCCUGGUGCUGCUGGGCACAGCCGGAGCAGGACCCUUCCCCCCGCGGUUCAAUGUGACGCUCCCAGCACCACGGCCCCCUCCCCAGCCAGGGGGCCGCAUGGUGGGCGCAGAGGAGGGGCGCCCCUCCUCUCAGCACUAUGAGCACACGGUGGAGGGAGGGGAGAAGCAAGUGGUCUUCACCCACCGCAUCAACCUCCCGCCCUCCUCGGGCUGUGGCUGCAGCCCGGGCGCGGAGCCCCCUGCCCCUGCCUCGGAGAUGCAGGCCCUGAGGGUCCGGCUAGAGGUCCUGGAGGCGCUGGUGAAGGGGCUGAAGGAACAGUGCGGCGCGGGGUGCUGUCCCCCGGCUGCCCAGGCGGGCACAGGCCAGACAGACGUGCGCAGCCUCUGCAGCCUCCACGGUGUGUUCGACCUGAGCCGCUGCGCCUGCUCCUGCGAGCCUGGCUGGGGCGGGCCCACCUGCUCGGACCCCGUCGCCAGGGCCUCCGCCCCCUCCCCGCCCUCAGCACCCACUUCUUGCCCUGAUGACUGCAACGAUCAGGGUCGCUGCGUCCACGGUCGCUGCGUGUGCUUCCCCGGCUACACGGGCCCGAGCUGCGACCGGCCCUCCUGCCCCGGGGACUGCCAGGGCCGCGGGCGCUGCGUGCAGGGCGCAUGCGUGUGCCGGGCGGGCUUCACGGGCCCCGACUGCAGCCAGCGCGCCUGCCCCCGGGGCUGCAGCCAGAGGGGGCGCUGCGUGGACGGGCGCUGCGCGUGCGACCCCGGCUACUCCGGCGAGGACUGCGGCGUGCGCGCCUGCGCCCGGGACUGUGGCGAGGGCGGGCGCUGCGUGGACGGGCGCUGUGAGUGCUGGCCUGGGUACGCGGGCGAGGACUGCGGCAUGCGCACGUGCCCACGCGACUGCUGGGGCCGCGGGCGCUGCGAGGACGGCGAGUGCAUCUGUGACCCCGGCUACACCGGCGACGACUGCAGCGUGCGCGCCUGCCCCGGGGACUGCAGCCAGCGUGGCCGCUGCGAGGACGGGCGCUGCGUGUGCUGGCCGGGCUACACCGGGCCCGACUGUGGCAAGCGCGCCUGCCCGCGCGACUGCCGGGGCCGCGGGCGCUGCGAGGACGGCGUGUGCGUGUGCCACGCGGGCUACGCCGGCGAGGACUGCGGCGUGCGCACCUGCCCUGGAGACUGUCGCGGCCGUGGCCGCUGCGAAAGCGGCCGCUGCGUGUGCUGGCCCGGCUACACCGGCCGGGACUGUGGCACACGCACCUGCCCCGGGGACUGUCGCGGGCGCGGGCACUGCGAGGACGGCGUGUGCGUGUGCGACCCGGGCUUCGCCGGCGAGGACUGCGGCGUGAGGCGGUGUCCUGGGGACUGUCGCGGGCGCGGGCGCUGCGAGGACGGCGUGUGCAUGUGCCACGAGGGCUACACGGGCGAGGACUGCGGCGUGAGGCGGUGCCCGCGCGACUGCAGCCAGCGGGGCGUGUGCCGGGACGGCGUGUGCGCCUGCUGGGAGGGUUUCGCGGGUGAGGACUGCAGCACGCGCGCCUGCCCCUCCGACUGCCAUCGGCGCGGCCGCUGUGAGGAUGGCGUGUGCGUGUGCGACCCGGGCUUCGCUGGCCCCGCCUGCGCCAUGCGCACCUGCCCUGGGGACUGCCGGGGCCGCGGGCGCUGCGUGCAGGGUACGUGCGUGUGCCACGCGGGCUACAGCGGCGAGGACUGCGGGCUGGAGGAGCCUCCCGCCAGCGCCUGCCCAGGAGGCUGCGGGCCCCGUGAGCUGUGCCGCGGCGGCCGCUGCGUGUGCGUUGAGGGUUUCCGAGGCCCCGACUGCGCCAUCCAGACGUGCCCAGGGGAUUGUCGCGGCAGGGGAGAGUGUCGCCAGGGCAGCUGCGUGUGCCACGAUGGCUUUGCCGGGGAGGACUGCGGGGAAGAAGUGCCAGCCGUUGAGGGCAUGAGGGUGCAGCUCCUGGAGGAGACCACAGUUCGGACAGAGUGGACUCGGGCUCUUGGCCCCGUCGAUGCCUAUGAGAUUAAGUUCAUCCCCACGGUGGAGGGAGGGAGCCCCCCAUUCACAGCACGGGUACCCAGCUCUGCCUCUGCCUAUGACCAGAGAGGACUGGCACCCGGGCAGGAGUACGAGGUCACCGUCCGUGCCCUUCGAGGGACCAGCUGGGGCCCUCCCACUUCUAAGACUGUUACCACCAUGAUCGAUGGUCCCCAGGACCUCCGCGUGGUGACUGUGACACCAACCACACUGGAGCUCAGCUGGCUACGCCCUCUGGCCGAAGUGGACCGAUUUGUGGUGUCCUACGUCAGCGCUGGCAACCAGAGGGUGCGGCUGGAGGUCCCCCCGGAAGCUGACCGGGAGCUGCUGACUGACUUGAUGCCAGGCGUGGAAUAUGUGGUGACGGUCACAGCUGAGCGGGGCCGGGCGGUCAGCUACCCGGCAUCCGUCAGGGCCAACACAGCGCCGGCCCCCUACCACUACCCGGAGGUGCGGCCCCCGGCGCCGCCACGCUCCAAGCCCCGCGCCCGCCCCGCGCCGGCCUACACGCCGCCGCCGCCGCAGGCGAAGCCGAGCCCCGCGCCCAGCCCGUCCCAGCCCCCGAGGCGAGCGUGGGGCAACCUGACUGGCGAGCUAGGCCGCUUCCGCGGGACGGUGCAGGACCUGGAGCGCCACCUGCGGGCGCGCGCCUACCCGCUGCGCGCCAACCAGACCUACGCGGGCGUGGCGCGCCACCUCCACGAGCUCCUGCGCCGGCGCCUGAGCGCGCCCGCCGGCUCCCCCGCGCCCCCGCCGCGCCCCGCGGCCAGCGCUGCCCCGGGCACCACCAAGCGGGACUCCAGCCGGGGCGGCCCCGGGCCCGCGCCCCAAGGCCAAGGCGAAGGCGAAAGCGGCCCGGUGGCGGCCGCGUCCCGCCACCCCAAGCCCGAGGUGCUGGGCAGCUCCGCCGACGGCGCGCUCCUCGUGUCCCUCGACGGGCUCCGCGGCCAGUUCGAGCGCGUGGUGCUGCGCUGGCGGCCCCAGCCGCCCGCCGAGGGCCCGGGCGGGGAGCUGAGCGUGCCCGGCGCCACGCGCACCGUGCGCCUGCCUGACCUCAGGCCCGGCACCACCUACCACGUGGAGGCGCACGGGGUGCGGGCGGGGCGCACCUCCAAGUCCUACGCCUUCGUCACCACCACAGGGACCUCACCCUUGGGGGCCACGGAUGAGCCUCCUCCUGCUGGCCCUUCCACCACGCAAGGGGCCGAAGCCCGGCUGGUGCAGCGCCCCCAGGAACUGGGAGAAUUGAGGGUGCUGGGCAGAGACGAGACUGGACGCCUCCAUGUGGCCUGGACUGCCGAGCCGGAUACCUUUGACCACUUCCGGCUGCACCUGCAGGUGCCUGAGGGGCCCGGGGCACACGAAGAGCUGCUGCCAGGAGACAUCCGCGAGGCCCUGGUGCCCCCGCCCCCUCCUGGGGCACCCUACACGCUGCUGCUGCACGGGGUCCUGCCUGGGGACAAGCCUUCUGUUCCCGUCACCUACCAUGGCAUCAUGGCUCCAGAUGAGGAGGAGCCUAGGAAGCCCUCGGGCACACCCCGCCUAGGGGAGCUAGCAGUGACCACGGGCGUGACCUCCGACUCCCUGCUGCUGCGCUGGACGGUCCCUGAGGGGGAGUUCGACUCCUUCGUGAUCCAGUACAAGGAGCGGGAUGGGCCCCGGGUGGUGCCCGUGGAUGGGCCCCAGCGCUCAGCCCUGGUCACCUCCCUGGAGCCAGGCCGCAAGUACAAGUUCGUCCUGUAUGGGCUCGUGGGCAAGAAGAGGCAUGGGCCCUUGGUGGCUGAAGCCAAGAUCUUGCAUUGGAAGGAACCCAGCUCAGGUACCCCGCCCCGUCUGGGGACUCUGCGGGUGACGGACCCGACUCCAGACUCCCUGCACCUCAUCUGGACAGUCCCUGAGGGCCAGUUUGACUCCUUCAUGGUCCAGUACAAGGACAGGGAGGGGCAGCCCCAGGUGGUCCCUGUGGAAGGGCCUGACCGAUCAGUCACUGUCUCCCCGCUGGACCCUGACCAUAAGUACAGAUUCUCUCUCUUUGGGGUCGCCAACAAGAAGCAGUACGGCCCCCUCACAGCCGAGGGCACUACUGCCCCAGAGAGGAGAGAGGAGCUGCCUCACCCUGAGGCCCCAGAGCAGCCCAUCCUGGGGGAGCUGACGGUGGCUGGCGUGACUCCCGACUCCCUGCGCCUGUCCUGGACGGUGGCCCGGGGCCCCUUCGACUCCUUCGUGGUGCAGUACAAGGACGCACAGGGGCAGCCCCAGGCGGUGCCUGUCGGGGCUGACCAGAGUGAGCUUACAGUCCCUGGCCUGGAGCCCAAUCGGAAGUAUAAGAUGAACCUCUAUGGGCUGCGUGGCCGGCAGCGUGUGGGCCCGGCCUCCGUGGUGGCCAGGACGGCCCCGCAGGAGACCUCUAGCCCCACAGAACCCAGUGCAGACUCACUGAAAGCCCCUGAGGAGCCGCGUUUGGGGGCACUGACUGUAACAGGGGCCACUGCAGACUCCCUGAGCCUCUCCUGGACGGUCCCCGAGGGACAGUUUGACCACUUCCUGGUACAGUACAGGAACGGGGACGGGCAGCCCAAGGCCGUGCGGGUGCCAGGUCAUGAGAAUGAGGUCACCGUGUCAGGCCUGGAGCCGGACCACAAAUACAAGAUGCACCUGUAUGGCUUCCACGGCGGCCAGCGUGUGGGACCUGUGUCUGCCGUGGGGGUGACAGAUACAGAAAGAGAAGAGACAAUGACCCCAGCCCUGGCAGAGCCCCCCACCACCCCUGAGCCUGCCCCAGAGCCCCGCCUGGGUGCACUGACUGUGACAGAUGCGUCCCCCAACUCCCUGAGCCUCUCCUGGACAAUCCCCGAGGGACAGUUCGACCACUUCCUGGUCCAGUACAGGAAUGGGGACGGGCAGCCCAAGGCUGUGCGGGUGCCAGGGCACAAGGAUGAGGUCACCGUGUCAGGCCUGGAGCCGGACCACGAGUAUAAGAUGCACCUGUAUGGCUUCCAUGGUGGCCAGCGCGUGGGACCUGUGUCUGUCGUGGGGGUGACAGAACCCCAUGAAGUGGAGGAAGAGGAGACACCUGCCCCCCCGGAACCCCCUAUAGAGGCCCUGAAGCCCCCCGAGGAACCACUGCUGGGGGAGCUGACAGUGACAGCCGCAUCCCCGGACUCCCUGAGCCUGUCCUGGACGGUGUCCCGGGGCCGCUUCGAUGGGUUCAGCAUCCAGUACAAGGACGGGGCCGGGCGGCCACAGGUGCUGCGUGUGGGUGGCGAGGCGAGGGAGGCCACCGUGCAGGAGCUGGACGCGGGGCGCAGGUACAAGAUGAACCUGUACGGGCUGCACCAGGCCGGGCGUGUGGGCCCCGUGUCCACCGUGGCUGAGACCGCCCCACAACAAGAAGUGACCCCUCCAGCCACCAAGCGCCCCCUGGAGCCGCGCCUGGGGGAGUUGACAGUGACGGAAGUAACCCCUGACUCCGUGAGCCUCUCCUGGACGGUCCCCGAGGGCACAUUCGACUCCUUUGUGGUCCAGUACAAGGACAAGGAGGGGCAGCCCCAGGAAGUCCCGGUGACCUCAGACCAGCUCGAGGUCACCGUCCCCAACUUGGAGCCAGCCACGAAGUACCAGAUUGACUUAUAUGGGCUUCACAGCCAGCAACAUGUGGGCCCCCUUUCUGUGGUGGCUGAGACAGAUCCGCUCCCGCUGGCCCCUACCUCUGAGUCCCCACUGGAGCCACGCCUGGGGGAACUGACAGUGACGGAUGUGACCCCUGACUCGGUGGGCCUCGCGUGGACAGUCCCGGAGGGUGAAUUUGACUCCUUCAUGGUCCAGUACAAGGACAGGGACGGUCAGCCCCAGUUGGUGCCAGUGACCGCAGGCCAGCGGGAGGUCACCGUGCCCGGACUGGAGCCCUCCCGCAAGUACAAGUUCGUGCUGUUCGGGAUCCAGGAUGGGAAACGACACAGCCCAGUCUCUGUGGAGGCCAGAACAGCUGCCAGCCUGGCGUCCCUGCCCCGCCUCGGAGAGCUGUGGGUGACGGAUGCCACCCCAGAUGCACUAAGCCUCUCCUGGACGGUCCCUGAGGGCCACUUCGACUCUUUCGUGGUCCAGUUCAAGAGCAAGGAUGGGCCGCAGGUGGUGCCUGUGGAAGGCCACGCACGCUCGGUCACCGUGUCCUCGCUGGACGCUGGCCGCAAGUACCGGUUCCUCCUCUAUGGCCUUCUGGGCCGGAAGCGCCUCGGGCCCCUCACCGCCGAUGGCACCACGGAACCCCUGAGGGUUGUGGAUGCCCCUGGAGCGCGGCGUCCCCCAAAACCCCGCCUUGGGGAGGAGCUUCACGUGACCAGUGUGACCACAGACAGUGUGGACCUUGCGUGGAUGGUCCCCGAAGGCCAGUUUGACUCCUUCGUGGUCCAGUACAGGGACAGGGAUGGACAGCCCCAGGCGGUGCCCGUGGACGGCAGCCUCAGGGCCAUCCAUGUCUCUGGCCUGGACCCUGCGCGCAGGUACAAGCUGCUGCUCUACGGGCUGCAUGGCGGCAAGCGCGUGGGUCCCCUCUCCGCUAUCGCCACAACUGCCCCUAGAGAAGACAUGGAAGCCCAGCCCGAGACCCCGAGCCCGGGGUUGGCCGAGCCUCGCCUGGGGGAGCUGACUGUGGAAGAGGCCACGCCUCACAGCCUGCGUCUGUCCUGGGAGGUGACAGAGGGAGAACUCGACUCCUUCGAGAUCCAGUAUGAAGACAGAGAUGGGAGACCCCAGGUGGUCAGCAUAGAGGGUCACCAGCACAGUGCCACCCUCACCGGCCUAGAAUCGGAGCACAGAUACCUGGUGACGCUGUACGGCUUCCACGAAGGGCAGCCUGUGGGUCCUGUCCACGUGGACGUGCUGACACCGUCACAGGAGGAGGAAAAUGAGCCCCAAGAGCCCCCCACCACCCCCGAGCCUGCCCCAGAGCCACGCCUGGGGGCACUGACUGUGACAGAUGCGUCCCCCGACUCCCUGAGCCUCUCCUGGACAGUCCCUGAGGGACAGUUUGACCACUUCCUGGUCCAGUACAGGAACGGGGAUGGGCAGCCCAAGGUCCUGCGGGUCCCAGGGCACGAGGACGAGGUCACCGUAUCAGGCCUAGAGCCAGACCACAAGUAUAGGAUGCACCUGUAUGGCUUCCAUGGUGGCCAGCGCAUGGGACCUGUGUCUGCCGUGGGGGUGACAGCACCCCAUGAGGUUGAGGAAGAGGAGACCCCCAGCCCCCCAGGGCGGAGCAUGGAGGCCCCGCAGCCUCCUGAGGAGCCACUGCUGGGGGAGCUGACAGUGACAGCCGCAUCCCCGGACUCCCUGAGCCUGUCCUGGACGGUGUCCCAGGGCCACUUCGACGGGUUCAGCAUCCAGUACAAGGACGGGGCCGGGCGGCCACAGGUGCUGCGUGUGGGUGGCGAGGCGAGGGAGGCCACCGUGCGGGAGCUGGACGCGGGGCGCAGGUACAAGAUGAACCUGUACGGGCUGCACCAGGCCGGGCGUGCGGGCCCCGUGUCCGCCGUGGCUGAGACCGCCUCGGAACCAGUGCCUCCCACGGCACCUCAGCUGAAGCCACAGCUAGGGGCACUGACUGUGACAGGUGCCACUGCAGACUCCCUGAGCCUCUCCUGGACGGUCCCCGAGGGACAGUUUGACCACUUCCUGGUCCAGUACAGGAACGGGGACGGGCAGCCCAAGGCCGUGCGGGUGCCAGGGCACGAGAAUGAGGUCACCGUGUCUGGGCUGGAGCCGGACCACAAAUACAAGAUGCACCUGUAUGGCUUCCACGGCGGCCAGCGUGUGGGACCUGUGUCUGCUGUGGGGGUGACAGAUCCAGAAAGAGAGGAGACAAUGACCCCAGCCCUGGCAGAGCCCCCCACCACCCCUGAGCCUGCCCCAGAGCCCCGCCUGGGUGCACUGACUGUGACAGAUGCGUCCCCCAACUCCCUGAGCCUCUCCUGGACGGUCCCUGAGGGACAGUUCGACCACUUCCUGGUCCAGUACAGGAACGGGGACGGGCAGCCCAAGGCUGUGCGGGUGCCAGGAUACGAGGAUGAGGUCACCGUGUCUGGGCUGGAGCCGGACCACGAGUAUAAGAUGCACCUGUAUGGCUUCCAUGGUGGCCAGCGCAUGGGACCUGUGUCUGCUGUGGGGGUGACAGCUGCAGAGGAAGAGACACCCAACCCCCUGGGAACCAGCACAGAAGCCCCGCAGCCCCCCGAGGAGCCACUGCUGGGGGAGCUCACAGUGACAGCAGCAUCCCCAGACUCCCUGAGCCUGUCCUGGACGGUGUCCCAGGGCCACUUCGACGGGUUCAGCAUCCAGUACAAGGACGGGGCCGGGCGCCCACAAGUGCUGCGUGUGGGUGGCGAGGCAAGGGAGGCCACCGUGCGGGAGCUGGACGCAGGGCGCAGGUACAAGAUGAACCUGUACGGGCUGCACCAGGCCGGGCGCGUGGGCCCCGUGUCCACCGUGGCUGAAACUGAACCCCAUGAGGUCGAGGAAGAGGAGACCCCCAGCCCCCAAGGACUGAGCACGGAGGCCCCUCAAACCCUCGAGGAGCCGCUGCUGGGGGAGCUGACAGUGACAGGCGCAUCUCCGGACUCCCUGAGCCUGUCCUGGACGGUGUCCCGGGGCCACUUCGACGGGUUCAGCAUCCAGUACAAGGACGGGGCCGGGCGGCCACAGGUGCUGCGUGUGGGUGGCGAGGCAAGGGAGGCCACCGUGCGGGAGCUGGAUGCGGGGCGCAGGUACAAGAUGAACCUGUACGGGCUGCACCAGGCCGGGCGCACGGGCCCCGUGUCCACCGUGGCUGAGACAGAGGAAGACACUAUGACCACCCAGGCAGUGCCCACCACCACUCCCGAGCCUGCCCCAAAGCCGCGCCUGGGGGCGCUGACUGUGACAGAUGUGUCCCCCAACUCCCUGAGCCUCUCCUGGACAAUCCCCGAGGGACAGUUCGACCACUUCCUGGUCCAGUACAGGAACGGGGACGGGCAGCCCAAGGCUGUGCGGGUGCCAGGGCAUGAGGACGAGGUCACCGUGUCAGGGUUACAGCCGGACCACAAGUAUAAGAUGCACCUGUAUGGCUUCCAUGGUGACCAGCGUGUGGGACCUGUGUCUGUUGUGGGGGUGACAGCUGCAGAGGAAGAGACACCCAGCCCCUCGGGACCCAGCACAGAGGCCCCGCAGCCCCCUGAGGAGCCACUGCUGGGGGAGCUGAUGGUGACAAGCACAUCUCCGGACUCCCUGAGUCUGUCCUGGACGGUGUCCCAGGGCCACUUUGAUGGGUUCAGCAUCCAGUACAAGGAUGGGGCCGGGCGGCCGCAGGUGCUGCGUGUGGGAGGCGAGGUGAGGGAGGCCACCGUACAGGAGCUUGAAGCGGGGCGCAGGUACAAGAUGAACCUGUAUGGGCUGCACCAGGCCGGGCGUGUGGGUCCUGUGUCCAUCGUGACUGAGACCGCUGCAGAGGAAGACACUAUGACCACCCAGGCAGUGCCCAUCACCACUCCCGAGCCUGCCCCAAAGCCACUCCUGGGGGAGCUCACUGUGACAGAUGUGUCCCCGGACUCCCUGAGCCUCUCCUGGACAGUCCCCGAGGGACAGUUCGAUCACUUCCUGGUCCAGUACAGGAACGGGGACGGGCAGCCCAAGGCGGUGCGGGUGCCAGGACACGAGGACGAGGUCACUGUGUCGGGGCUGGAGCCGGACCACAAGUAUAAGAUGCACCUGUAUGGCUUCCACGGCGGCCAGCGUGUGGGACCCGUGUCUGUUGUGGGGGUGACAGCCACAGAGGAAGAGACACCCGGCCCCCCAGGACCUUCCACAGAGGCCCCACAGCCCCCUGAGGAGCCGCUGCUGGGGGACCUGAUCGUGACAGGCGCAUCCCCAGACUCCCUGAGCCUGUCCUGGACAGUGUCCCGGGGCCACUUCGACGGGUUCAGCAUCCAGUACAAGGACGGGGCUGGGCAGCCGCAGGUGUUGCGUGUGGGAGGCGAGGCAAGGGAGGCCACCGUGCGGGAGCUGGACGCAGGGCGCAGGUACAAGAUGAACCUGUACGGGCUGCACCAGGCCGGGCGCGUGGGCCCCGUGUCCACCGUGGCUGUGACAGCCCCUCUACCCACUUGGCCCGCUGUGGAUCCCCGCCUGGGGGAGCUGGCCGUGGCCGCCGUGACCUCAGACACAGUAAGCCUCUCAUGGACAGUGGCCCAGGGCCCCUUCGACUCCUUCCUGGUGCAGUACAGGGACGCACAGGGACAGCUCCAGGUGGUGCCCGUGAGUGGGGACCUCCAUGAGGUCACCAUUUCAGCUCUGCACCCAGCCCGGAAGUACAAGUUCCAGGUCUUUGGACUCCGGGAUGGAAAGCGCCAUGGCCCAGUUUCUGUGGACACAAAGACCUUCCCAGACACAAAGCCCUCUCCCCGCCUGGGGGAGCUGACAGUGACGGAUGUGACUCCUGACUCUGUGGGCCUCGCAUGGACGGUCCCCGAAGGUGAAUUCGACUCCUUCGUGGUCCAGUACAAGGACAGGGAUGGGCAGCCCCAGAUGGUACCGGUGGCCUCAGACCAGCGUGAGGUCACCGUGCCCAGCCUGGAGCCCAAUAGGAGAUACAAGUUCCUGCUCUACGGCCUAGUGGGCAGGAAGCGGCUGGGCCCAGCCUCCGCUGAUGGGACCACAGCUCCCCUGGAGGAGGCUCCGCAGCGCCCCCGCCUGGGGGAACUGGCUGCCAGCCAGGAGACCUCAGACUCCCUGCAGCUGUCCUGGACGGUGGCACAGGGCUCCUUCGACUCUUUCCUGGUCCAGUACAGAGAUGCAGAUGGCCAGCUGCAGGUGGUGCCUGUGGCUGCAGAGCAGCGUGAGGUCACCGUGGAGGGCCUGGCACCAGGCAGAACCUACAGGUUCCUGCUGUACGGGCUCUCGGGAGGACAGCGCCUGGGCCCUGUCUCUACCCUGGGGGCCACAGCCCCAGAAGAGGACACUCCAGCCCCACCAGAGCAGCCCGAGCCCCCAGAAGCCCCUCGCCUGGGGCUGCUGGCUGUGACUGAGGCCACACCGGACUCCCUGCGCCUGUCGUGGAGCGUGGUCCGGGGCCCAUUCAACUCCUUCGUGGUCCAGUACGAGGGCUCAGAUGGGCAGCCACAGGCCUUGCUGGUGGACGGUGAUCAGAGCAAAGUCCUGGUCUCUGGCCUGGAGCCUGGCACUUCCUACAAGUUCUUCCUCUACGGGCUGCACGACGGGAAACGCCAGGGGCCGGUCUCCGCAGAGGGCACCACAGGACCACCCCCUGCCGGUCAGACUCCCGGCGACCCAGGACCACGCCUGUCGCAGCUGUCGGUGACUGAUGUGACCACCAGUUCCCUGAGACUCAACUGGGAGGCCCCGCAGGGGGCCUUCGAUUCUUUCCUGCUGCGCUUUGGGGUGCCUGCGCCCAGCACCCUGGAGCCGCGCCAGCGGCCUCCACUGCAGCGGGAGCUGAUGGUGCCUGGCACACGGCGCUCAGCAGUGCUGCGGGACCUGCGGCCCGGCACGCUGUACAGCCUCACUCUGUACGGCCUGCGCGGGCCUCACAAGGCUGACAGCGUCCAGGGCACUGCCCGGACCCUGAGCCCAGUUUUGGAGAGCCCCCGAGACCUCGAGUUCAGUGACAUCCGGGAGACAUCAGCCACGGUCAGCUGGACGCCGCCACCGUCCAGGGUAGACAGCUUCAAAGUCUCCUACCAGCUAGCAGAUGGAGGGGAGCCGCAGAGCGUGCAGGUGGACGGCCGGGCCCAGACCCACAGCCUGCAGGGCCUAACCCCGGGCGCGCGCUACGAGGUGACCGUGGUCUCUGUCCGAGGAUUCGAGGAGAGUGAGCCCCUCGAGGGCUUCCUCAGCACGAUUCCCGACGGCCCCACCCAGCUGCGUGCCAUGAACCUGACCGAGGGGUCGGCCCUGCUGCAGUGGACGCCGCCUCAGACCCCGGUGGACAAAUACAACGUGCGGGUCACAGGCGCUGGGGCCCCGCCACUGCAGGGCUCGGCCCCGGGCAGCGCAGAGGACUACGCGCUGCACAACCUGGUGCCGCAGACCAACUACACGGCCACCGUGCGCGGCCUGCGCGGCCCCAACCUCACCUCGCCGGCCAGCAUCACCUUCACCGCCGGCUUGCAGGGCCCCCAGGACUUGGAAGCCAGAGAGGUGACCCCACGCACGGCCCUGCUCACCUGGGUUGAACCCCAGGUUCCCCCCACAGGCUACCUGGUCAGCUUGGACACCCCCGGCGAACAGACCCAGGAGAUCCUGCUCCCUGCCGGGGUCACCUCGCACCGGCUUCUCGGCCUCUUCCCCUCCACCGCCUACAGCGCCCAGCUCCGGGCCAUGUGGAACGCGAGCUUCUCAACCCCCCUGUCCACCUCGUUCACCACGGGCGGGCUGCGGGUCCCCUUCCCUAGGGACUGCGGGGAGGAGAUGCAGAACGGCGCCGGCGCCUCCAGGGCCACCACCGUCUUCCUCAACGGCAACCGCGAGCGGCCGCUGAGCGUGUUCUGCGACAUGGAGACGGACGGGGGCGGCUGGCUGGUGUUCCAGCGCCGCGUGGACGGCAGCACGGACUUCUGGCGGGACUGGGAGGACUAUGCCCACGGCUUCGGGAACGUCUCCGGGGAGUUCUGGCUGGGCAACGAGGCCCUGCACAGCCUGACGCAGGCCGGCGACUACUCCCUGCGCGUGGACCUGCGGGCCGGGGACGAGGCCGCGUUCGCACAGUACGACUCCUUCCGUGUGGACUCGGCCGCGCAGCACUACCGCCUGCACCUGGAGGGCUUCCACGGCACCGCCGGCGACUCCAUGAGCUACCACAGCGGCAGCGUCUUCUCCGCCCGCGACCGCGACCCCAACAACCUGCUCAUCUCCUGCGCCGUGUCCUACCGCGGAGCCUGGUGGUACCGGAACUGCCACUACGCCAACCUCAACGGGCUCUACGGCAGCACGGUGGACCACCAGGGGGUGAGCUGGUACCACUGGAAGGGCUUCGACUUCUCCGUGCCCUUCACGGAAAUGAAGCUGAGACCGAGGAGUUACCGGGCGCCCGCCCGGGGGGGCUGAGCCGCCGCGCCUGCGCCCCGGGAGGACUGCCGAGCACUGAGAAGUCGCGCCCAGAGAAGCUCCCGAAGUCCUCUCUGCUCGCGACCCCACAGCACCAUGUUUACAGGGGGGAGGAGAGGGGUUCGUAUGGGGGCAAUAAAGGAGAAACUGAGGCACGCGA